UGGGGGAGGGUUACGCCCCUUAACUUGUAGCUGCGGGUGCCAGUGCCACAUCCCACCUCUUCUCUCCCGGGUCCUCCAGAGUGAGGGAUCACUUUUGGAAGAAGACGACCCGAAAGAGGUAGCCUACAAUGACGGGUGGCAGUGGCAUCGCAGGGGUCGAGAGGUUUGAAAGUCCAGGAAAAGGGCGAGGACUUCGCGUUACCAGAGCCUUUAAAUUGGGAGAGCUGCUGUUCUGUAGCCAGGCUUACUCUUAUGUGCUGUCAGUGAAGGAGAGAGGCAGCUACUGUGAAUGCUGCCUCACCAGGAAAGAGCACUUGGCAAGAUGUGGGAAGUGCAAAAAAGCCUUCUACUGCAAUGUGAAAUGUCAGAAAUCAGACUGGGCCAUGCACAAGCUGGAGUGCUCUGCAAUAACUGCAUUCGGAGAGAACUGGUGUCCGUCAGAGAUGUCCCGCCUGGUGGCUCGGAUCCUAGCAAAGAAGAAAACACAGAAAGAAAGGUGUGAUUCCGAGAAGAUUUUGCUCAUAGAAGAGAUGCAGUCACACAUGGAGGACGUAGACAAUGAGAAAAGAGAGAUGAACGAGGCAGAUGUUGCCGGACUGCAUCGUUAUUGCUCCAAAAAUUUGGACCUGCCCGACCAUAAAGACCUGCUUACACUCUUCUCCCAGGUUGCCUGUAAUGGUUUCACUAUAGAGGAUGAUGAACUGUCCCACAUGGGUACUGCAGUCUACCCAGAUGUGGCUCUCAUAAACCACAGCUGUCUUCCCAGUGUCAUAGUCACAUAUAACGGCACGUCAGCUGAGAUUCGGGCUGUAAAGGACAUGAAGCCCGGAGAUGAAGUGCUCAUCAGCUACAUCGACCUCCUCUACCCGACAGACGACCGCAACAACAGGCUGAGAGAGUCCUACUACUUCACCUGUGACUGCAAGGAGUGUAAGAGCAAGUCCAAGGAUAAGGUGAAGAUAAAAGUACGAAAACAGAGCGACCCCAUUGAGCCAGACGUCAUCAACAACAUGGUGCGCUACGCGAGGAAAACCAUCAGAGAGUUCAGAGCAUUCAAGAACAUAAAAACCCCCAGUGAGCUGCUGGAGAUGUGUGAGCAGAGCCUGGAUGAGAUGGGAGCCGUGUUUGACGACUCUAACGUCUACAUGCUCCACAUGAUGUACCAGGCCAUGGGGGUUUGUCUCUACAUGCAGGAUGCAGACGGAGCGAUCAGAUACGGAGAGAAGAUCCUCAAACCGUACUGUCAGCUGUAUCCACCGUACUCUCUAAAUGUGUCCUCCAUGUACCUGAAGCUGGGCAGACUGUACAUGGCACUGGAGAUGUACUCAAAGGGUGUUAGCGCUCUCAAGAAGGCUUUGGCCAUUAUGGAGGUGGCUCAUGGGAAGGAUCACUUGUACGUGAAGGAGCUGCGCAAAGAGAUGACACAAAAAUAGAAUGGAGAAAGCUAAUGUACCAGAGCCGACCUUUAGUAACUGUAUUAACUCAUUUAAGAAGGAGCUUUACAAAACUGUCAACACUUUCUACUCCCUUUGGUACCAAAGCAAAUUUUCUUUUUCUAUUUUUUUUGGGGGGGGGAGGGGGCUAACCAUUAUAUAACAUAUUAUUAUAAUAACUGUUUUGUAUGUAGGAACUUUUGACUGUCUUGAGAUUCUUUUCUAACAAGCAUAUUUAAUGUUCAGUUUUGUUCAGAUUUGUUACAUCCAACAAUGUGAAAGCUGCUUUCUACUCAAGACAAUAAGGUGUUUUCCAAGUUAAGUCUGGUUUUGUGUUUCUUUUAGCUUGUGAAUGACAUGUCAGCUGGACACUGGCAUCCAUCUGAGUCAAGUUGUUUACAUGUGUGUAGGGUUAAAGCUAUA